UACACUAUUUCAGCUUUAUGAUAUGGCACUCAACACUUCAAGAGAGCAUGUGUUUUCCUGAGAAAGAAAGGUUGAGCAAAAAUGUGUAAAGCAGCAAGGAUUAAGUGAAUUCCAGUCCCUGAAGAGAAGAAACAAAGCACUGACUAAAGCUAACGGGCAAAGGAAGCAGAGCUGACGAAAGAUUAUCUCUGCUUGUAGAUCAUAAAAGAGUUUGCAAUGGCAAUGCUCUGGAAAUUCAUGAGAGUAGCUAAGUAUUCUAAAACAGCUUUAUCACCAAAAGUAAAGGUAAGAGGAAUUCCCACCCAUUCAAGGCAUUCUUCAUCCAAGUCUGUACCUUCAGAUUUUGCUGCCAACACACCCUGCUCAAAUACUGUGGAACUGCUUGGUAAAGCUUAUCCUCAAGAUGACUACAGCAAUGUCACAGAGAAGAUUCUUUCCAAGGUGGGGAAGAACUUGCACAACAAAAAGCAUCAUCCUUUGUGGCUAAUCAAAGAGCAGGUGAAGGACCACUUUUACAAACAGUAUAUAGGACGCCGUGGGACUCCGCUCUUUUCUGUCUAUGAUGGUCUUUCUCCAGUGGUUACAGUACAGCAGAAUUUUGAUAGUUUGCUUAUCCCACAAAACCAUGUCAGCAGAAGGAAAGAGGAUAACUAUUGCUUGAAUCGUGAUCACAUGCUAAGAGCACAUACAUCAGCUCAUCAGUGGGACUUGAUACACUCAGGCCUAGAUGCCUUUCUGGCAGUGGGAGAUGUCUACCGCCGUGAUACAAUUGAUAACACCCACUACCCAGUCUUCCAUCAGAUGGAAGGAGUUCGGCUCUUCUCGUGUCAUGAGUUGUUCUCCAACAUUAAAGAUGGUGAAGGCUUACAGUUGUUUGAGCAAGGUCAUCGCACUGCACACAAGCAAGAGUGUCACACCAUGGAGGCAGUGAGGCUGGUGGAGUUCAAUCUGAAGCAAGUGCUCACAAAGCUCAUGACUCGCAUCUUUGGUGAUGGACUGCAAGUCAGAUGGGUAGACUGCUACUUCCCGUUUACUCACCCUUCCUUUGAGAUGGAGAUCAAAUUCCAAGGAGAAUGGAUGGAGGUCCUGGGCUGCGGGGUUAUGGAGCAACAGCUAGUUAACUCAGCUGGUGCUCAGGAUAAAAUUGGCUGGGCAUUUGGCUUGGGUUUGGAGAGGCUGGCCAUGAUCCUUUACGAUAUCCCUGACAUCCGACUGUUCUGGAGUGAAGAUGAACGCUUCUUGAAACAGUUUAUUGUGCCUCACAUUUGGCAAAAAAUAAAAUUCCAGCCACUCAGCAGAUAUCCACCUUUGAUCAAUGACAUCUCCUUUUGGCUGCCUUCUGAGACAUACUCUAAGAAUGAUUUCUAUGAUUUGGCUCGAACCAUCGGUGGAGACCUGAUAGAAAAGGUUGUCCUAGUGGAUGAAUUUACCCAUCCAAAGACAAAGAAGGUCAGCCAUUGCUACCGUAUUAUUUACCGCCACCCGGAGAGGACUUUAACGCAGGAUGAGGUGCAUCACAUCCAUCAGGCUAUUGAAGAAUCAGCAGUUCGAGAACUUGGGGUUGAGGGCAGGUUCUAGCAUCGCUGGUCUGAAGCCCUAAUGACAGUUGCUUUUUCCUUUUUUUUUUUCCCUCUUUUUUUUUUUCUUUUUGGGGUUGGGGGGUACAAGUAAAGAGAUGGGUUUUGUGACUGAACCUAGCACAUGGAAAAUGAUUGAUAAAUGGGCAAUGGUAAAACUACCAGAUAAUAAACAUUACUACUGAGAAAUCAUUGACAAAGCACUGGCGCUUUAUUUUAAGAAAUGGGGGAACAGCGGUAAUGUAAGAUUUCCCUCCUGUUACAAUAAGAAAUACACUGCCUGGUGGUUUUCUGUGUUG